GGCACAACAGUUCCCACAGUGUUCCAGGGAGAGUGUACAGCGAGAGUGUACAGGGAGAGUGUGAAGGGAGAGAGUGAACAGGGAGAGUGCACAGGGAGAGUGUACAGGGAGAGUGUGAAGGGAGGGUGAAGCCUUAGCGGGGAUAGCGUUAGUGGGAGCAGUGCUGGUUCUCGGGGCAGAAUGUCUGGGAGCCGACCACAGCAGGACCUGGCGCUCAUUAAGGAGCUGGAGAAAGCCUUGGAUUCCUGCGCGCUGGAGCUGUCGCCCGUAGACGAGGUCUGGCCCAACUUGUACAUAGGCAAUGUAGCCAUCGCUCAGAACCGAGGCGGGUUGCGUAAGCUGGGCAUCACGCAUGUCCUGAACGCAGCCCACUCCAAGCAGGGCAGCUUAGGGGACCAGGAGUACUAUGGCAGCGGCGUUGUGUACUGGGGCAUCCCGGCAGAGGACUCCGACCAUUUUGACCUCAGUCAGCACUUCAGACCCGCCGCAGACUUCAUACACAAGGCCCUGAAGAGCAAAGAUGGGAAGGUCUUGGUGCAUUGCAUCAUGAGCCAUAUUGCGGUAGACGGUCAAAGGUUCUGGUGGUCGCAGACGGCGAGAAUCAUGUCUUCUUGCGUGGGGGUGAAGCCGCGCUGCGGGGGUAACCCGUACAAAGCCGUGCGUGUGGACCCCAACAGCGACUACAUCACGCCCGGGACGCUGGACCUGGAGCAGAUGUUUUGGGCGGGCGCUGGAGCCCAGUACACACACGUCAACGAAGUUUGGCCCGGUAUCUACAUAGGAGAUGAGAAAACAGCCUUGGAGCGAGCUGCUCUGAAGAGCAUGGGCAUCACGCACAUCCUGAACGCAGCGGAAGGCAAGUGGAACAAUGUAUCGACCGGCGCCGACUACUACCGAGACGACAUGGACAUCCAAUACUACGGGGUGGAUGCCGACGACAAGCCCACCUUCAACAUCGCCCAGUUCUUCUGUCCUGCCAGCCUCUUCAUCCACGGCGCUGUUCAGGAUCCACAGAGCAAGGUGCUGGUCCAUUGUGUAAUGGGGCGGAGUCGGUCAGCAUCGUUGGUCCUGGCGUACCUGAUGAUGGAGCAAGGCCUGAGCGUGGUGGGUGCCAUUGAGCACGUGCGCCAGCGGCGUUGCAUUCUGCCCAAUCACGGCUUCCUGAGGCAGCUGAGAGCGCUGGACAUUGCCUUGCAGUUGGAGAGGCUCAGUGAAAAGAAGACGCCAGACCGAUAACUUUCCAUGGGUUUAAUAUUGUCGACACCAUUUCCAACUGCAGGGACAAUUUGUUUGCAUGUCGUUGGAUUUCUUUCUCCACCAAAGCUUGAUGCCCACAGAAGUUACGUCCUUAAAUAAUUAGAUUCAAUUGAACCUGACCAGAAAAAAAAACCUCAUGAUCCAACAGAAAUGUGAUUUUUUUAAGUUUAGGAUUUUAACAGCCUACCAUUUAAAAACUGCAGAAACAAAUUUAACAAAAUGUGAUUUCUAAAAAAUAAAAAAAAUGAUCAGUUUGACCAACUACUUAUUCUUAUCGUAAAUAAGCUUUCUUUGUCAGUUUAAGAAAAUACCGUAACAUAGUUAGCAUUUAACAAAAUAAAAGACCUUCCAUUCCGGGUAUUUUGAGGCCAUGUAGACAAACGAGUCACACUCGCAGGUUUUUCAGUCUUUUAAGGCAGAAGAAAAAAAGGCUAUCAAGGAGAGAUGGGCCCAGCUCUCUUGCACUGUGCUGAGCAAAGAUGGCGAGUAACUUCCAUGUAGUUAAACAAGAGUGUGGACAUCGUGCCUCUGCAAACUUAAGUAAAAAAAAAAAAAGGAAUUAAAAAAAGGCAUCCGAAUCGACAGAGGCUUCUUCUCCGUACGAAGAGUUGAGGAAAAUUAAAUCGUACAGACCAACCCUCUGAAACGGAACGUAGGACAAAGCCAAACACAAUCAAAGCAGCUCAUUGGUCUGCAGGGAACAAGUGUGCAAAGCUUAACUCGCACACCUUUGAGUACAAAUAUAGUCAUACAAAUUGAAACGUGUGCUUUAGAAAAAGGGAACCAAUUUGGCAUCCCACUGGUCGAUUAAAACCUGAGUAACAAGGUUCACCAGUCAUGAAAAAAAAUGGUAGCCCGUGUCAUUCCUGUAGAGCUCAAUACUGUAUGCAUAACAUCACAAUGUUAUAAUUAAGGUCAUCACCCCCUCAUGGAAUUACUCUGCUGUCACAGAAAGCCCAAGGGGAACGGCUUGAAUGCAACUGUGCACGAUAAACACAGUGGCUGGCAGUGUCGGAGCCUCGUAA